AUGGCUCGAGACGGUCAUGAGAGGGUUAUUAUCAUUGGUAUCCUAGCCCUGCAAGGCGCAUUCGCAGAACACCAAACGGCACUGCAGAGAUUAUCUCUGAAUAGAACGAUAGACACAAUCUUCGUACGCACGGCCGAGGAUCUUGAUAGAUGUGAUGCACUCAUAAUACCCGGUGGAGAGAGCACAACAAUCGCACUCCUAGCCCGGCUCUCCGGCGUUCUCGAACCACUCAAACUAUUUGUAAAAACCAAACCAGUAUGGGGAACCUGCGCCGGUGCAAUCCUCCUCUCACAAGCCGUAGAAGGCGCAAAGAAAGGCGGACAAGAGCUGCUUGGAGCCAUGUCCAUCACAAUCGCGCGGAACGGUUGGGGGUCCCAGGUAGAAUCCUUCGAAGCGGAUCUCCAAGUCCCCGGCCUCCGAGACCCAGUCGUCCCAUUCACAGGAAUCUUCAUCCGCGCUCCCGUAAUUCUCGCCCUAACACCAACACCCUCCGACCACUCCAUCAUUGUGGUCGCCCACCUAUCACCCGACCUCCUCCCCUCAGCCCUCUCAUCGCCCGACCAUUCCGCUGAGCCCAGGACAUACGUGGCGGUCCGCCAAGGCCUGCAUUUUCUCACUACUUUCCACCCGGAACUGACAAACGAUGAUCGCUUUCAUGAUUAUUUCGUUAGGGAGUGUGUGCUGCCGUUGUUUGUCGGUGUCAGUUGA